GAACGAGGUCUUGCUCACGUACCUUGUUGUAGUACCGGCAAGGCCGGCAAAGGCUGGUAACAGACCAAUUCAUACACUUCCGAAGUGGGCCCAGGAGUUUGCGGCCAGUGAAAUAUGUCCCACUGUAACACCCACCUCUUAUCUGGUUUCAUUACAACCCCGCUCUCAAGUUGACUCGGAUCGUCCUCAUCUAGUAUCAGAUCAUGUUGGCCCUCACAAACGUCACUGCGCUCGACCUAUGCCUUGCUUGUGUCGGAGUAUAUCUGCUCAAGCAGGUCUUCAACAAGAAGAAUCCUCCAUAUCCCCCUGGUCCUCCGGGGUGGCCUCUCAUCGGGAAUGUCCUGGACAUGCCCCACUCAAAGCUCUGGCUCACCUUCACGGAGUGGGGCAAUACGUACGGUGACAUUUCGCAUAUCAAGGUCCUGGGUCAACACAUUGUAGUGUUGAACUCUGUCAAGGCUGCGAUGGACAUGCUGGACAACAAGGGCACUAUUUACUCUGACCGUCCUGUGUUUCCUGUCGGUGGUGAUCUUAUUGGUUACAAAAACGCUACGUCUCUCCUCCCUUACUGCGGCCGUUUACGCCAGCACCGCAAAAACUCUCACAGCGUCAUUGGCACCCGCGCCGCUGUGGCAAUUUAUAACCAGGUUGAGGAGGUCGAGACUCGCCGAUUCCUCAAGCGUGUGCUCGCGAAACCCGAUCAACUGCAGGCGCAUGUUCGACACACCGCUGGCGCUGUGAUUCUGCGCAUCUCUCAUGGUUACGAGGUGAAAGAGAACGACGAUCCUUUCGUUGACCUUGCAGACCGUGUUGUGGACCAGUGGUCGCGUGCCACUGCUCCUGGCGCUUUCAUAGCUGAUGCUGUGCCAUUCUUGAUCAAGGUCCCCGAAUGGUUCCCUGGUGCUGGUUUCAAGCGUCUGGCCCGCGAAUGGCACGACGACUUUGAAGAAUUGAUUUCUGCACCGUACAAGUUUGUCGUGGAUCAGAUGGCUGCUGGCAUUGCCCCGGAGUCUUUCACAUCGAAUCUGUUGAGAGGCGGUAGUUUGUCAGCGGAAGACGAGCACAAUGUGAAGUUGUCUGCUGCAACCCUAUACGCUAGCGCUUCUGACACUACUGUUUCUACUAUUAAUGCGUUCUUCCUAGCUAUGACGCUGUUCCCUGACGUGCAGAAGAAGGCUCAGGCCGAAAUAGAUGCUGUUAUCGGUCCUGAUCGUCUUCCCUCCUUCGCCGACCAAGACACACUCCCCUACAUCGGAGCGCUUGUUAAAGAGGCCCUACGAUGGCAUUCUGUUCUCCCUAUCGGUAUUCCGCACUGCGUCUCUAAGGACGACAUCCAUGACGGGUACUACAUCCCAAAAGGUUCCUUGAUCAUGACUAACAUCUGGUUCAUGCUGAAUGACCCGAAGAGAUAUGCCAACCCUUCGCAAUUCAAUCCUGAACGCUUUUUAGGCAAGCAUCCUGAGACAGAUCCACGCACGAUCUGCUUCGGUUUUGGAAGACGUAUUUGUCCAGCUAUUCACCUCGCUGAGGCCUCUGUCUGGUUAUCCGCUGCGAUGUCACUGGCCGUGUUCGAUAUCUCGAAGGCCAUCGAGAACGGUAUUGAGAUCAUCCCCGAGGUCGAUCCAUUAUCAGGCACAGUCAGCCGCCCUAACCCCUUCAAGUGUUCCAUUGAGCCUCGCUCUUCAAAAGCCAUCGCGCUCAUUGAGCAAGAUGCUAACUAUUAAGUAUGUGAAGAUGAAUUACAAAGCUGAUGAAAGUACUUGCUGUGGGCGGUGUCACAUCGCGAUACAAUUGCACACGUUUUCUUGUUCCAUGUUGACAGUGCAUACUCUGGCAUCAAAGACGCUUCCUGACAAGAAGCCUGUGUGGUACCUCUCGCCCAUAGUCAAGAGCACACCCAAAUAUUUUGGCUAUCUAUUCAUUGAUUAGCACCUCCAUGGUGGCUACUUCUGGCUACAU